UCACAGCCGCUGUGAAAAAACAAGUGCAGCAAAUGAACUCGGAGCUUGCCAUCAUUCCGGGAGGCUUGACGAAGGAACACGAACCGCUGGAUAUCGGUGUAAACACAGCGUUUAAAGUAAAGUUGCGAAAGCUAGCGAACACAGCUUCACUAAGAUUGGGAGGCAGCGCCAGCUUUCGCAAAAGCCGGCAUCAUUUCUGAGGAGCCGCACGGCAACGAUACUGACUCUGACAAUGACAACAAGGAACCUGGCGUGUUUGAUGGAGAACUUGCCCCGCUGUUCAUUUGGGAUACGAGGACUUUGGUGGAUUUGUGGAUGAGGAUUGAUCAAAAAUAACGAGGAAACCGGAGUACCCAGAGAAAACCCACGCACGCACGGGGAGAACAUGCAAACUCCACACAGAGAUGCCCAACAGAGAUUCGAACCCAGGUCUUCCCGACCUCCUGACUGUGUGGCCAACAUGCUAACCACUAGAUGGUGCGGGUUCGAUCCCCAGGCAGAGCCUCAGUACCCAGCAAUGAAGAUGUCCUGUACUGGUGCCAAGUCUGGAUAAAUAGGAGGAUUGCGUCAGGAAAGACAUCCGGCAUAAAAACGAAUGCCUGGAUAAUGCUUGUGUGCAGCCAUUAUCCCAUCCCCUCCAUAGUCGUCUUGAUCCUUUUAUAGCUGUCUCGGUUGAUAGGUGCAAUUCACAUCCGAAACGCUAGGGUGUUUCCCAGAGAGUCAAUUCAGUGAGCAAUCACAGCUCUUAUUGAUCAAUUAUCUUGUUAGCUUCCUUUCUUAUGAGCAAACAAUGGCAAUUAAAGAAAGGCAGAGUGCUUUAUUGGAACUGGAACUAACUUUUAUCGCAAACAUUGAUCCAAAAUUAGAAGAAAGGCUUUCGUGAAAGUGGUCUGUACGCCCUUUCAACGAGUCAUGCACACAGGAGAGGAGAGGAGCAAGUGGACGUAACGUACGCAGGCACUUCAGCGCAGGAGCAGACCUGCCAACGUGUGAAUUUUUCACCAUGUAAGUGAAUGUCGACUGUUGAGGUUGUGAUUGGUCAGCUUGUCAUAGGCCACAUUCAUUUCUGUGUGUAUAGGACUUGUUCAGAGUGUGGACAACCCACCACUACGAACUCCUUCUCUUUUAAUUUUGGAUCUGACUCUUGUCAGGCAACGAUUACUUCCAUCCACAAUAACACUCCUCUUCUCUCUUGUUCACUCCUGACAGGAAGCUAACAAGCUAAAUAGUUGAUGAGAGAUGUGGUUGCUCCCAUAUUUGACAUCACCAAAAGAUAUAAAAGCAGGGGUGUCCAAAGUUCGGCCAGUGGCUUAUUUUUUAGUGGCCCAUGGCACACUGCAGCAAUAGAACAAAAGAAAAACCCAGCAAAAAUGAGAAACGGAAAGCAAAACGGCAGAAUUUAAUGAGAAAACGCUGAAAUCUAAAAUGUUGAUAUUAACAAGUAAUAACACCAAAAAGCCUUCACUUUAAAUAUAUAUUAUGGCCGAUUCGCUGUGGAUUCCUGAUGGGAAAAUAAUGAUUGAAAGUUCUUCAAAAGAGCAUUCCAGUAAAGUUACUAAGAGAUCAGGUGCCUUUAAGAUAACUUGUUGCACAUAUGAAUAUGCAAUACAUUAUAUUUGACAUAAUUGGAUACACAGUCCAAUAUGAGCAAUGCAAAGAAUACUGUACCAUGCUGUGCUGUUUAGUACUGUACAAACAGACUGCAUUUAAAUAGCGCCUCACAUAUUUAAGUGACGAAGAAAAAAUGUACUUUCACAAACUGGUCUCAUGUGUAUAGUGUACGUAAUACAAGUUUUUAAUGAAAGUCAGAGGCUGCUCCAUUUGUCAAAUGUGUUUGUUGUUGUAUGCAUGUGUGCGUGUUCCAAAUAACUAGCCGUCAUCAAGCUCUCCAAUACAUUAUCGUGAAGAAAGGCAAAACAUUUUGGAUAAAAUGAUGACGAUACGCUUCAACUUGUACGGGCAUUUACACGCACGCGCGCGCGCCCGCACUUGCGCACUCUAGCACACACGCAUACACACACCUAUCCUGGUGUGGAAAACAUCAUCGCGCCGACCAGGAGGUUGCAGGAGCUCGUCGCUGGCGUCAUGGAUGGGCGGUGCAUUGACGGAGAACGGAGGGUGUUUUCCAGCUUUAAAAGAACCAGAGACGGCCCCUCUGACAAAGCCGCGCUGCGUCAUAGACCUGGGGAGACUCUUGGAGACCUUCAAUGGGAACAAGACAGACUAACUCACCUCAGCCACAGUCGUCCCCUUAGCAGCGCCCACCUCCUCAUCCACUCCACCAAGGCUCAUCCGCCUCUCAGCCGGGGAAAGUUGAGCACCGCUUGUUGAAUGCAGGAUACGCUCAGCAGCUUGAGCGUUUCUUCCAAGUUCACGUUUGAAGCUCCAGCCAGCAAGGAGCGGGGACUCCACUCUGUUACCUCUCUCUCCGAAAUGAAGUCUGCAGAAGAAGAUGCAUUCAGCUACACACCAAAUGUCACGCUUUCCCUUCCAUUGGGGAUGGGCAACCCCUGUCUGGCUACCCAGUACCACACCUUACAGUCCAGUCCGGUCAUCUCUGUUACAUCUUGUCACCAGACUGGCUACAACUUCCAAAAUGACAACCACGUGGCAUCAGGUUAUUACUUGCCUCAUGGCCUGAGACCUAAUGGGGCUCCAGCCCUGGAAAGUCCACGUAUUGAAAUCACUGCCUACAGCCAGUGUCCUGAGGAUGAAGUAGCAGAAAGCAACAGAGAAGACCACAUCAUCAAAAGAGGCGUUAACUCCAUUGUGACACUUACACUGCCCAAUGCAGAUGGCUACCGUGAUCCCAGCUGCCUCAGUCCCGCGAGCAGCAUUUCUUCACGCAGCUGCAACUCCGAAGCAUCCUCCUACGAGUCUGGCUUUUACAACUAUGACAACUCCCCACAGAAUUCCCCCUGGCAGUCUCCCUGCGUUUCUCCCAGGGGCUCCACACUUUUAUCCUGCCCGCAUGCCAGUGGUCCCGCACCCUCCCCUCACAAUUCACCCUCCAACUCCCCUCAGAUUGGAGCUGUGGCUGAGGAAGGCUGGCCAGCUCAGCCUCGUGGAUCCAGGCCUAACUCUCCUUCCUUCAGUGGUGGAGGCAACAACAACAGCAGCAGCGCUGGUGUGGGGAAGAGAAAGUACAGCUUCAAUGAUACUCCGUGCCACCAGACAUCUUGUUCACCCCACCAAUCUCCUACACCCUCACCAUACGGCUCCCCUAGAGUCAGUGUCACAGAUGAGAACUGGCUUGCCAAUGCCAACCAGUACACCAACUCUGCCAUUGUGGCCGCUAUCAAUGCUCUAACCACAGAUGGAGUGAUAGACAUGGGAGAGGGGAUCCCAAUUAAGACACGCAAGACCAUGGUGGACCAUUCACCUUCCAUGAGCCUCAAGGUGGAGCCUGGUGGUGAAGAGCUUGGCCAGGAGGGGGACCUCACUCAUGAGGACUAUCCUUCCCGCCUGGUUUUGAAGAAGGAGAACUACUGCGGAGGCUUCCUAGAGGUGCCUCAGCAUCCGUACUCUUGGUCUAAACCCAAGUCUUACCUAAGCCCAUCUCUGCCUGCGCUUGACUGGCAGCUUCCAUCCUGCUCUGGUCCAUACAGCUUACAGAUUGAGUUACAGCCAAAGUCCCACCACAGAGCCCACUAUGAAACUGAAGGCAGCCGUGGGGCAGUGAAGGCUCUAUCUGGAGGUCACCCAGUUGUCCAGCUUUACGGCUACAUGGAAAGCGAACCGCUCACCCUGCAGCUGUUCAUAGGGACCGCAGACGACCGCCUCCUGCGACCACAUGCCUUCUACCAGGUACACCGCAUCACUGGCAAAACUGUCUCCACCGCGAGCCAUGAAGUCAUGCAAUCCAACACCAAAAUCCUGGAGAUCCCUCUGCUGCCUGAAAACAACAUGCGAGCCAUAAUUGAUUGUGCAGGCAUUCUUAAGCUGCGCAACUCAGACAUUGAGCUUCGCAAAGGGGAAACAGACAUUGGACGUAAAAACACUCGUGUGAGGUUGGUGUUCCGAGUGCACAUCAACCAGCCCAACGGCAGGACCGUAUCAUUACAAGCUGCCUCAAACCCCAUUGAAUGUUCCCAGCGCUCAGCACAGGAGCUUCCCUUGGUGGAGAAGCAGAGUAUGGACAGCUACAUUGCCACUGGAGGCAAAAUGAUUGUCCUGAGUGGUCUAAAUUUCCUUCCUGACUCAAAGGUGGUGUUUGUGGAGAAGGCGCAGGAUGGUCAUCAUCUGUGGGAAACAGAAGCCAAAGUGGACAAGGACACUGUCAAAUCGAAUGCACUUUUUGUCGAGAUCCCACCAUACCGAAACCAGAGAAUAUCUACCCCUGUGCUGGUAAAUUUCUACGUGUGCAACGGCAAGAGGAAGAGGAGCCAAUACCAGCAAUUCACCUACCUUCCUCCCAAUGUGCCGAUGAUAAAGACAGAACCCAGUGAUGACUAUGAUUCUUUGGGGACUUCAGCGCUGCCCAUACAUACAAAGUCCUACUUCAGUCAUUCCAGACUUAAUCCCAUCUUGCCUGUUGCCGAUCACGAUGCCUGUCUGGCUAGUGGCUACCCUCCCUGCCCUUCUGUCAAUGCUGCCAUGCCGUCAUCGUCCCCCAAUCCCAGUCCAACCCUGCAUGACCUCUCCCCUGUGGCAUACAACAAGUGCCUCCCCAAUAGUCCUACCCAUGCAGUACCUUCAAGUCAGUUGGUGACUGCCUUCCAGGAGACCAAUGGCAGGCCGAUCCUUACCCAUCCAGCAUCCCCUGACCACAGCUCCCCCCUAGGAAUGCUCCAAACUCAGGGAAGCCCCAGUCACCUCAACAACCCAGGGACCCAGGGAUUCCACCCUGUCUAUGCCAACAGCAGCCCUUCAUCCUCCCCAGCCUCUCAUGCCUCUACCCCCAGUGGGCCUGCAGAGAGUCCAUUUGUUCAGGCCUACAGCCCCAGCCAGGCUCAGGCACCAGCAACCUCGGCUCAGGCUGGCGGGAACUCACCAAGUCUGCUUCACGAGGACUCCAGUCCACCUGCAAUUGCCAUCACAGUCAAACAGGAACCCCAGGAACUGGACCAGAUAUACCUAGAUGAUGUUAACGAGAUCAUCAGGAAUGACCUUUCCAGCAUUUCCGUGCACACUCAUGCAUAGACGUCCUGAAGUGCUGCAGCAAACACACACAUAACCAUCAUCAACAAAAAAAAAAGCAUGAAAAAUAGAUGAUCCAGAAGAUGAAGAAUCGCUAACACGACCAGGAUCUCCCAUCUUCAUCACUUCCUUCUUGCUCAAAGAUGACAUGAUGCAGAUUCACAUGGAAUCUGCAUCAAUCUGCCUGGAAAAAGUUUCUAUCUAUAUUGUAUGUUGAUGUAUGUAAGUAUAUACAGUAUGUCAUAUAAUUUGUACAAAUUGGAAAUGUAUAGGGGGCAAGAUGCUCUUUAGUGGACCAAACAGCUCACUGAGAUUCUUAUUAACAAUCUUCAUUCGGAGUGUGAUGCUUUUGCCCAUGCAUGGACAAGCUAAUGGGACAAAAAUUGUCACGCUUCAUGAUUUUGUUUCAUUUUUUUAGUGCAGUCAAUCCGCAACAACUGAAUUGGUGCCUUACUAGUUAGUGAAGGCGAUGGCCAGCAACAGAUGCAAAUUACGGUUAAUUGCAACCCAAAGUGCAAAGUUUUAUACAACACUUUUGUAUCAUUUGAUGAUGGUUUGUUUACACAGAAAAUGGACAAAUGUUGGAAAUGAAAUAGGGGUUGAUUGGAUGAUUUUGUCUUGUUCUUUUUUGUCAUUGUCCAUUUAUACUGAAUGUUAUGUACUAUAUUAUUUUGUAUGGACAUAUCUGAAAAUAUGCCUUAUGUUUAUUCGACGCAGUUUGCUUAUCAGCGCUGUCUUCCCCAAUAUAUUAUUGCUUUCUUAUAAAUGCUUUCUACUACCCUUCAUUAUGCUUUUCACCUUCGUGCCUGUUUUAUCAUGCCCAGUCUUCCACCCAGACCAUGACAUAAUGAUGCACAGACAAUCAUUGAACAUCACAUAACCCAGGACCAAGGUCUCCCGAAGUCAUAUAUCACAUUUUCUAGAUCAACAAUGGUAUGCUUACCUGCUGAAUUUAUAUGAAUUUACUCCGAAGCAAUUUAGUCUUUUACUUCUUGCACUGCAGAUUUAACAUGUAAAUAAGCAUCCAAGUAUGCCACCGGUUUCAGUCUAACUCAUCAUCUCGGUCAUUUAAAUGAGGACCCGGCAGGACUGUUACUUCUACCUGGCAAUAAUUGAUCUGUGUAAACCAAAGCAUUUUCUCUUUGGUGAAAUUAUUGUCCGAGAUUCGCUUUUUAGGCUUUAACAUCCAGUGGUUCCCCCAAGUACAAAACUAUUAUGCACUUUACCAUAAAAGUAGGUAGUCUGGCUUCCACACCAAAUGUCGUAUGUCUAAUUCCUGCUCUUACGUCAUGAACCUUCCUGUCUUUUCUAUGUUAUCUAUCUUUUGGAGCAUGCACAUUGACCAAAUAUUUUAGAUUAUUUAGAUGAUUAUUGCUUUCUCUGUAGCGCUUGCAUACAUUUUUGGAAACAUAUAAAAGCAUGACUAAACUACAUGAACAAAGGUUUCUAUUUUGUGCCUUAAUGUCCUUCUCAAGAUCAUUGUGGCUAUUGCUUUCCUGUGUAGACACAAGGUGAACCGUUUCUCUCAUUAAUUAAUAUGACGUAUUUAUAAAAUUUCAAAUGUGUUUUAAGUGGUAUUGUGACCAUGCAUAACUUAAAUCCCUUUUUUUUUAUUAUGAGCUGUUAAUAAAUGUACACUUAUGUUGUAAGAUUGAAUAACUGAAUAUUUUAUUUCUCUUUUAUUCCUGUGGUUAUAUUAAAAGUCUUGAUU